ACCAAGAGAAAACUCGUGGCUGAGAAUUCACUUCCCCCUCCUGGCGUGGCAUCCCCUCACCUCCCCUUCCAAAACUCAUAAUCGCAUAAACCCAAACGAAGCCAACCCAUAUUCACAAUCCAAACAAGGAUUAUAUAUAUAUAUAUAUACAAAGAGGGGGGAGAGAGAGAGAGAGAGAGAGAGAGAGAGAGAGGAAUGACUGAGGUGAAAGACCCUGCGAUCAAGCUGUUUGGGAAAACGAUUCCUUUGCCACCCAAACAGAGAGUUUCAGUUUCUGCUACACCCAGAAAGGAAAAUUGUGACAGAGUUUCGGAUGAGGAAGAAGAUGGAAAGACACCAUUGGAAAGUAAACUCACAGCGAAUCAACAGGAAAACGAUCCCUCCCGCCAGACUCUUGAAGAGUUAAAAGAUCCAGAAACAUCGUGUGACUACCCUAAAACUCCAUCGGUAGGAAAAGAGCCCAAUCCACCCAAACCUUCAAAAGCUGGAGACCAGAGUGAAACAAGCAUUUCACAAGAAAAGACUCUGAAAAAGCCUGACAAAAUCCUCCCUUGCCCGCGUUGCAAUAGCAUGGAAACGAAGUUCUGCUACUACAACAACUACAACGUCAGUCAGCCGCGCUAUUUCUGCAAAAAGUGCCAGCGGUACUGGACAGCUGGUGGAAUCAUGAGGAACGUUCCGGUAGGUUCAGGGCGUCGCAAGAACAAAAGCUCUUGUGCUUCACAUUACGGUCACAUAAUAGUUUCAGACUGUCUUCAAGCUUCUAAAGCGAAUGGCACUAUCCUUAGUUUUGGCGCGGAUUCGCAACCCUUUUGUGAAUCCAUUGCAUUAAAACCGUUAGAGAACUUUCAACUUGUCAAAAUUUCUAUUUCCGGUGGAGGGAGGAGAGAAAAGGGUGAUGAUGACACAAGGUCUUCAUCAAAUUCAGCAGAAAAUGGAGGAAAUAGAAAUCCUGUUUUCCAUCAAUCGGCAGCACAAAAUUUACCAUGCUUCAGGGGGCCUGGUCCUUGGUUUUUUCCUUGGACUUCACCUCCGUGGAGGUCUGGGAUUUCUCCACCGGCUUUAGGCCCUUGUGGAUUUCCUAUGCCAGGUUUUCCCCCACCUCCUUAUUGGGGUUGUACUACUCUACCCGGAUCAUGGAACAUGCCAUGGAUUCCCCCUCCAGCUUCUUUAACCUUGGGGAAACAUUUGAGGGACACAUCAGAGAAAGAAGAGCCAUUGUACGAGAGCGAUUCUGAGAGAGGGGUGUGGACUCCAAAGACAUUGAGGCUUGAUCUGAAUGACGCUGCAAAAAGUUCUAUACGGUCGAACCUAGGGAUCAAGAACGAAAAGAAUGAUUCGACCAACUCAGGGGGGGGUCUGUUUAAGGCCUUCCACUCAAAAGGAGAGGAGAAAACACAAGCGGGAGGAACGUAUUUGGCUUUGCAAGCCAACCCUGCAGCGCUGUCGCGAUCAUUCAAAUUCCGCGAGAGUGUAAAUGAGUGCUGAAAAGUUGUCUGUAAAUUUCUUUUUGCAUCUGUACAGAGGAGCCAUUGUCUAAUUAACCUAAUCAGGGCUCCAUUUUGUGUGUUUCAUGUGCAUAUGUAACUAUGAAGUAGAAUAGAGGAAAAGGCAGAGAGAUUCUUGAUUGUUGAUGCUUGAAAUGUACCAACAUCAAAUGUGCUGUGGAAUAAGUUUGUCAAUCUAAAUCAGGAAUUUCCUGUCA